AUGGCGCCAUCUGCUACAAAGAAGAAGAAGAAGCAGCCUACUCCCUAUGAGCACAUUGAUCACCCACAAUCAUCAUCAAUGGCCGCAACAACUACUUCCCUAACCGACCCAAUAAACUACAACACUCCACUCUCUGAACCGCCAACAUUAGACCUGCUCGGAGAUCAAGAUUUGCAUGGCACCAAUCUUAAACUGACCCUACUCUACCAGCCCCCUCCACCGUCACUGGAACAACAACCCCCACCGUCACUGGAACAAGAACAACAACCCCCACCGUCACUGGAACAAGAACAACAACCCCCACCGUCACCGUCACCGUCACCGCCGCCACCACCGCCACCUCCACCGCCACCGCCAUCGCAAAACACUCACCCAAUCCUUGGUCAACAACCACAACCGCCACCGGAACCGGUGGGGAUACCUGCCCCACGUCGCCAACGUAGAAACUCUAGACAAGCCCCACGAGAAGGUAAAUCCUUAACCAUCCAACCACCAUUCCCAUGGGCGACCAGCCACCGUGCCAUAGUCCACAGUCUGAAACACCUAAUGGAUACCGGCAUCACCGUCAUUUCCGGUGACGUCCACUGCAAACGUUGCGACCAACGGUUCCAAAUCGAAUACAAUCUCUUAGACAAGUUCUUGGAAGUCGCCAGCUACAUUGCUGAGAACAAAUACAAACUCAGUGAUCGAGCUCCGCCUGAAUGGAAGAACCCCACCCUACCCAAAUGCAGGUUCUGUGGUCAAGGAAACAGCGUGAAGCCGGUGAUCGCCAAGAAAAAGAAUUCGAUCAACUGGCUGUUCUUGUUUCUUGGCCAGAUGCUUGGGUGCUGUACUUUGGAACAUUUGAAGUAUUUCUGUAAGCAUACUGGAAAUCAUCGAACUGCUGCUAAGGAUCGGGUUCUAUAUCUGACGUAUUUAGGGUUGUGCAAACAGCUUGAUCCUACUGGACCCUUUAAUCGUUAA